AUGGAUAAUCCAGUGGUAAAAGUGAAUGGAGUUGAAAGUCGUCACAUGAAAUUUUUGGGAUCCUGUAAUGGGUUGCUUUGUUUAGGGGCCAGUGGCAGUCAUACAUUGAUUCUUUGGAACCCAUCAACGAAUGAGUACAAGGAAAUUAUACUACCAAAAGGCGAAUUUCCAAUCACUUGUUAUGGGUUUGGUUACGAUACCAAAAUUAAAGAUUACAAGUUGUUAUGUAUAACACAGAAUGAAGUUCAUGCAUACACGUUAAAAUCUAAUCCAUGGAGAAGAUUCAACACUGUAACUCAUGGGUAUGUCCAAACUGGAUCAGCAGGUUUGCUUCUGAAUGGUGUUCUUCAUUGGUCGGCAUCCUAUAUCCCUGAUUACUACAAAUUUAUACUUUCUUUUGAUAUUGGCAGUGAGAAGUUCAUGAAUAUGCCUUAUCCAGAGAAGAUUAUUCAAGGUAAUCAAACCUACCUGCUUGGAGUGUUGGGAGAUUCCCUUUGCUUAGUUUGUGGUAUCGAUGAUGUUCGAGUUGAUGUAUGGGUCAUUCAAAAUUAUGGAGUGAGAGAAUCUUGGGUUAAAAAAUUCACCACUGCUCAAGUACGAAUUUCUGCAUAUUCUCGUUCGUUAAAGUUUUAUUGGUCUUUUAAGAAUGAAGAGAUUCUAAUACAAGUUCGCAAGGGUUUCGCAUUAUAUGGUGAAAAGAAUGACAGAAUUAGGUUUCUUAAUUUCGACUAG